AUGAUUUCGGCUAAGCAAGCGAUAUUCGCUGGCUGUAUCCUUUUCAGCACCGCAACAAAUGUGCUAUCCUUCCCUCUGACAACCCGCCAGCAGGCUAUCUCUGAUAUAGAUAUAUUGCAGUUUGCCUUGACGCUCGAACAUCUCGAGAACACCUUCUAUAAACAGGCACUCUCUAAAUUUUCGCAAGCCGAUUUUACCAGUGCAGGCUUCAACGAGGCUUUCCUUAUUAAUCUGGAAUUCAUCGCUCACGAUGAAGAACAGCACGUUGUCCUCCUGCAGUCAGCUAUUUCACAAGCUGGAGCAGCCCCCGUGGCAAGUUGCCAAUAUAAUUUCCCUAUAACCGACGUAACAAGCUUUGUCAAUCUUGCUACGGUCUUCGAAGGUGUGGGAGUAUCGGCUUACUUGGGUGCCGCAACCGCCAUCUCUUCAAAGGCGAUACUUAAUGUUGCUGCUGCCAUUACUGUUUCCGAGGGUCUCCAUCAAGCGAUUCAGCGUGCUAGCAUUCUCGAUGUGGUAUCUGCUAAUAUCGCCGGCACUCCUCUAUCACCUAACGCCAUAUUCACCAUUGCCAGCGCCUUUAUCUCGAGCUGCCCUUCAACUAAUGCUCCCUUGCCAUUCAAGGCGUUCCCCGCACUGUCAGUCGAUAAUGUGUCGAACGCUGCCCAAACACUUAUCGGUAACACUGUCGCGACACUUACCGUGGCUGGUGGGACUGCAAUUCCUUCGCCUGCCUUCGUCACUUUUGUCAGCGGGCUUGAUAUAAUCAGUGUACCCGCCCAGGUUUCUGGUAGUCAAGUUUCUGUGACAAUCCCCCAGCAGGUCUCUGGUCAGGCAUUCGGUCUCAUAACAAGCGUGUCCAUGAAUGGCACUGGUACUAUUUUUGAUGACACUAAAGUGAUCGCUGGACCAGCGAUCAUGGAAAUUCAGCCACUCAAACCAACGAUCGAUUUCACUAUUCUUUGA